GUUUGUGUGUGUCACGUCAACUAUGUCAACUUCCCCUUUACAGAAGACCCGCGAGUGGAAACCCUUAGAGCAGAGGACGUGCACAGAUAUCCCAUGGCUGCUCCUGUUCAUCCUCUUCAAUGUCGGCAUGCUCUGCAUCUGUGGCUUCGCCAUAGCGACAGGGGCCGCCUCCAGACUCAUAUCAGGGUACGACAGCUACGGGAACACCUGCGGUCAGAAGAACGCCAAAAUCCCAGGAAUAGAUCUCAGCGGCCGCGACCACACAUCCAGAAAGUAUGUGUUUUUCCUGGACCCCUGUAACAUCGACAUACUGAGAAGAAAGUACUUUAGACAUCGAGACACACAGAGUUUCACAGGUCUGCGGCUCUUGAAGACUUAUGAGGAUCUCACAAAGUUCUCCACGGCUAACGGAUCUGAUUUGUGCUCCUAUGACGUCCCGCCAGACACGUAUUCAUCUCACCGUAAUCGAACAACAAAAUGUCCUACACUUCCUGUCCAUCCAAGUGCAUCUUUACCAGUGUUUCACCGCUGUAUUCCCGUUGACAUUUCCUGCUACGCCAAGUUUGCCGAGGCCUUCAUCACUUUCGUCAGUGACAACAGCGUGGUGCACCGGGUCAUUGCUGGAGUGAUGACAUCCAGAGAGAUCAUCAUGGGCCUGUGUCUGCUCGCUCUCGGUCAGCUGUUCUCAUCAAAACUUAGGAAACCAACAUUCAUACAAAUGACAUUCCUCAAAACUUCCAUUAACAUCUUUCAAGUCAUAAAUAUAAAACCUGAUUUGCAUCAGUGCUAUUUUUAA